AAAUAUCAUGAAAAAAAUUUUGUAUUGAGUAAUUCAAGGAUUAAUUACAUUUUCUCUAAAAUUUAAAGUAAAUUGCGGUUUGCAAAAACAAGAAAACCUGUGAAUAUGAAAACGCAGGCAGCCAAAAGCGUACUAGCUAACUGUUUCAGACGAUAUUAAACUUAAGAUUUGUUAUUCUUUAGCAAAUAAAGUUAGUACAGUUAAAUUUCAAGAUAGUUUUACAAAAAAUAAAAAAAGGCACGAUUCUGUGGUACAUAUUUAAUAAUAAAAGUGAAGGAAAAAUAUUUUACGUUCAUUAAAUUAUAAUGCAACUUGAUUUAAACUGUUUAUUGGAAGAGAUUAAUAUCUGGAAAAAUAUUGUUAAAAAGAAGGAUGAAAAAAUUAAAAACCUGCAGAACCAAAUUAAAGAAAAUAGACAACAUAUUGAAAGUAUUGAUAAUUCAAAUAGCACUCUAUUGCAAGAGGUAAUUCAGCAAAAUAGUAUUAUUUCUUCAAUUUACCAAUCCUUAUCUGUUGUUGAAAGGACUGAGGCUGAUAAUAAAGCUUUAGUUGAAGAAAUUAAGAAGCUAAAAUGCAAUUUUAAAGAGCAGGAAAAAUUACAUCUAAGACAAAGUAAUGAGCUCAAAAAAGUAAUUGAAAAAUUGGAAGCCGACCGUAAAGAGGAAAUAAAAAGGAAAAUAUCAGCUAUCGAAGACAAUGUAUCUUCUGAAUUAGAAAAAUGUGAAAUAAAUAUAAGAGAAAAAGAAAAUUGCAUACUCUUAUUGAAAGAUGAGAUUUCAAAAAUUGAACAUGAAAAAGUUCAAGAAAUCUUAAAAAUACAAAUUGAAUGUGAAGAAAAACUGGGCAGAAUGAAGAGUAAAAUUAGUAAAAAUAAAGGAGUGCAUCAUCAUGAUUUUAAAUCAAAUGAUUUCUUUAGACAGAAAUACAUGGAGAAGGAAAAAGAAGCCAAAGAAGAAUCAAUGAAAUUGAAAAAAGAAAUCAACGAUUUAAAAGGAGAAGUUGCUUCAUUGAAAUCUAAUAGCAUAUUAAGUUUUCAGCAGGAAAACAUGAGAGAACAAUUUCAUGUAACAGAAAAACCGAGCCAUUGCAGUGAAGAAAAUCACCCUACUAAAAGAAUAAAAAUUAACGGAGAAAGCCCACACAACGAUACAACAAAUGGCUCUCACAAUGACUUUAAUAUGUGUAAUUUCACUAAUAAUAAUACCGAAAAGCAACCCACUGCAACUACACUAUUUAAGAAAAAAUUAUUUAAUCUUGAUAUGAAUUAUUUCAAUAAAUAAAAAGAUUUAUCUAAAAGUAAAA